AUGGGUAAGAAAGCGUUCACCAGGAAGAUCAAACCCCGCCGCCAAGAAAUCCCGGAGGCACAACCACCGCAGCCAAGCCCACCAGCGCCUACACCUCAGCCGCCACCCACGAUUUCUUUAGACGCCAUAAUGGCAUUUCUGCGCCAACAAGACCCGACAAGGGACUGGACGACGGCGCUGACCAGUUUUGGCCAAACGGGAGGCGUAGGAACCGCAACAAGUGAAGUUCCGCCUGCGCCGGUCAGCCAUACAGUAGUACAUUCAGAGGAGGGAACUCCCUCGGCGACCGCGCCAUCGGAAACCUCGAUACCGAAUUCGGCGGAACUCGACGCCAUCGCUGCCCACUACGACUCUGGCCUUGAGGAGCAUGAGGAAAAAAUGACUCAAGAGGGGAGCGGCGGAACGGAGAAGACACCCGAAACGGAGCCGGUAUCUCAAGAAGUGGCAAGGGAGGACUUAGAUCUGAACGAGUCAGCCCAGAAGCGGACUCUUAUGACUGAUGAGGAGUUCGAUUCCAUUUUGAACCAAGUGAACCAAGCAGCACAAGCUACUACCUCGGAGGCUGAGGGUCUAGACCUCGCUUCGAAGGCAGUAGGCGUGAGUGAAGAGACAAGGGGAGUAAGUGAUCCAGAAAGCCCGGCAUACCAGCCGGAAGAAGAGAAGGGUAAUACGAUUACGGAAGCCAAGGAAACAGAAACAGAGGCAGCAGAACCAGAAGUAGAAGCACCUACCCCAAUGGCACCUCAGGUAGUAAAGCCGAUUCCCGUCAAGCGGAGACUGGUAGUGAAGGCGGAUUCCAAGGUAGACCGGCCCAAACCACAAAGGGUGUCACAACGAUGUUUGGGUAAGUGGGCAUCCAGCAGGGCGAAACCGAACACGGCGGCAGAUCCACUGGAGAUCGUGAGUGACGACGAACGGACAAUUCCCACAAAACCUGGGGAGGAGUCCUCACCUUUUGCCGACCCAGAGGAUGCCGAAAUGGUGGUCGAGGAACCCUCUCUGGUGCAAGUGGAUCAGGGUGUGGAAACUGAACGGAUGGCUGAGGGUCCGGACCUCGCAUCCAAGGCAGUUAGCCCCGAAAGACCGGAGAAGGACGACGCCAAGGUAGAGAGUAGCCCCACUACCCAGGAGGAAGUCCGAUACAAAGAGGAGAGGAAAUGA